UCAUUUGCAUUUAAUAUUUGACAAUGUUCAGACAGUAACGAGGUUCGUGCACUGGCGCAGCACUUUAUUCUACUCUAGCAUCGUUUUAAACUAAAGUGAACAUUACAUUUUGAUUGUUCACUGUGUUUACAUCAAUAUAUCGGUAGAUCGGGGCUCCGUGAGUGUUUUUCGUUUUGUUUUGUCUAUUUGGUGGUUCGUUCUGCCAGUGAAUCUAAAAAAAGCAAAAACUCAUCAAAAAAUUUGAAAACGAUUUUCCAUUCAACCAAGGAGAUGAAUGUCAGAACUAAUUUGCAGAUUAUCAUUCUCGUGGUCGCAUUUUUUGAAUGUGAAUCGGCUGCAUUGUUGCGAACACCAAAAGUCUACAAUGCUCUGAUAACUACCGAUCAAAAUUUGACGCCAAGCCGUGCCUAUCCCGUCAUUCAGCCAGCCAUUCAUGACCCAUUUUUCUAUGGACCAUACGGAUACACUCCGUAUAGCUACUACGAUCCGUUCGGUUUCAAUCCAUUUGAAUCGGCUGCAUACGUUCCAAAAUACAAUGCAGACGGAACGAUCAAUGUGAGCGGUACUAGUGCUGUUGGUGGUGCUGUUGCUUCAGCCACGGCGGCCGGUGUUGAGGAUAGUGUUUCAAGAAGCGUCGGCGGAAGUAAGGAAGACGGUACCAUUGUUCAAGCUGCAAGUACGGAAAAAUCACCAAUUCCAUUGAACGAAUUCGGUUUUCCACCCAGUUUAAUUCCGAUUUCAUCUGGCAAAAAUCCCGUGAAUCUUGCACCAUUCUCGUACAAUUCAUAUCCACUGAUUUACGAUCAAUUCGGUGGAUAUCCACAAGCAGCUUAUUUGCCACACUUUGGUGUCCUGCCACAAACACCAUACACAGCAUUCGGAGGUGUACCACCGACCAAAGUGAAUGAAAAGGGACAACCGGUUGGUGUUGAUGCGGCAUCAGGCACAUUUGGUGCACCCGGAAUCGAUGCACCUGGUGUAUAUGGAAUCGGUGCACCUAAUGUAGGAGGAUCAAUUGAUCAAUCCAACGUGGCAACAGGAGGUGGCCCUGCUGCAGUUGCACCUGGAGUAGAAGCAUCAAUUGGAUCUAGAUUAGGAGGACCAUUUGGAUCUGGAUCAGGAGCACCAAUUGGAUCUGGAUUAGGAGGACCAAUUGGAUCUGAAUUAGGAGGACCCAGAACAGUAGCAGGCUUACCCGGCGUAGUGGAGCCUCAGUCUGCAUUUGGAGAUGGUGGAUCGGUUGCCGGUGCUAAUCGAAAUGCGGUUUAUUUUGAUCGAGAAAACGGUGUGAGUCUCGGAGGCAGUGCCGUAAAUAACGCGGCUGGCAUUUAUGGUGACAACGGAAUCAGUAAUAGUGGUUAUGAUGCAAGCGGAAAUGAUGAUCUGAAUAAUGGAGGUUUUAAAACUGCCGCUAGUAACAAUGCAGUGUAUGGAGGAGGUGUAAAUGGUAAUCGAGGUGUGAAUGGCAAUCGUGGUGGUGUAAAUGAUGCACGACUACGUGGAAUCGCGUCGAAUGCAUCGGUCAGUAGAUAUGGUCAAGCAUCGAGUUCCAGUGAUUCAGGUGCAGCAAAUACGGCGGGUUCGACAGUCGCCGGUCUUGCAUCUGCAAGCGGCGACAAUGGAAAAAGUAAUGGAAAUGGUGCAUCCGCUUUCAAAAACCAAGAAAGCUUCCGAAGCUCAUCUUCGUCGGCAUCUGUGUCACAAACAUCAUCAUCGUCGUCAGGUGGUGGAUUACAACAAGGGAGUGGCUUCGUAAGUAGCCGACAGAACAAUUCGAAAGCUUAAAUGCGGAAAAUUGUCGCGUCAAACUAUAAAUCAGCUGAUAAGAAACUACAGAUAAUAAUAUAUUUAUAUUGUGCGCCAAACACUUCGUGAGCAUUUCGAUUUUCCAGCGGAUUAUUACGAGCAACAAAGGCAAAGCUUCGCAACGAUGAAAUUGGACGAUAAGUUUAAAAUUCGUUUAAGAUAAGCAUAGAAAUUCGAUUCAAUCAUUGACUUUUAUUAUUGCCAAAUUUUUGUUUUCGGAAGCGUUUAUUAUUUUCAACUCAAUAAAGUCUCGGUGAACCAUAACACACCAAAUCAAUUCAACUCAACUCGAAUUCUGUUUUUUAGAUGCGAAAUCCGUACAACCGAAUACAUUUAAGCUUGAUUUUGAAUUUAUUUUUAAAUGCUUUGUAUUAGAAUUUCAUGCAGAUUUUUUUAUAUCAACAAUUUUUGAAAGAAAUAAAUAGAUUCACACAAAUUGGAA